GUUGCCUUGGAGACGGCGUCGUUCCCCUUCGGUUUUCCUCCGGAGCGUUCUCAGAGUGUUCGAGCGGCGACGCUUGCCAGCGUGACGCCGGGGAGAAGGGGACAGGCCACCCCGGAGGAAGGCGGAGAGCCGCGCCGCUCCCUUGCUCCUCCUCGCAACGAGAAACCCAUGCGUCUCACAACAGUUCUGCAAGGUAGGCCGAGGUGGGCUGUUUGCACCUUCCUGCAGUCUCUGAACAGGAACAGCGUCGCCUAGACUAGGGUUGCUGUGUUGGAGCCGCUGUUCAGGCUGCCUUGAGGUACUAAAGACGCUGCUGCUUUCAUCGGGUUCACCUUUACCUGAAGCUGUCCGAGCCAAGAACAGCCCCCUAAGGGGAGGAAAAGGAAAAAAUGACUGCUGGCUCUGUUUUAGCACCUCAAGUGAUUCCUCUUCGAAUCCCAACAGCAGGCAAAGCUAAACAUGAAAUAGACACGAAUACAUUUGUUGAAAUCAAAUCAGAUACUCCUGAUGUUGUCAUAUAUUACACUAUAGAUGGAAGUAAACCAGAACUGUUUAAGAGAGUUGGUUACAAUGACUAUAAUACUUUUAAAUAUAAGGGACCAAUCUUGUUACCUGAUGGGAAAAUAACAGUCAAAGCACUGGCAGUCACAAAAGACUGCAGAGAGAGUGCUGUUGUAACAAAAGUGUUUAUGGUCAACUUUGUAACUCCAAACGCAGAUAUAUCUGAUGGAGAUAAUGAUAAGAAUUUAUCAAAAACUUUCUCCGGGCAGGAGAUAGAAAAUGGAUUAUUUGAUUCAAGACGAGAAAAGAAAAAUAUGAACAGAGAACCCCAACCCAGCUGGAACGGUAUAGCCCAGGAAUUUCAAGGUGCAUCGAAAGAAAAAAGAUCUGGGCCCUCACUGUCCAUUGGGCAGCAUCUACUUAACUUGAGCACCUCACGUAAUAAAGAAGAGGCCAAUCCAGCCACGCUGAUAUCUGAGUCACAGUUCGCUGAUUCUGCUGUGAGUAGUAGAAGUCUCACCAGAACUCAGGCACUGAGGAUCCAACGAGAGAAAGAUUCCUUCAAGUGUGCUCAGUGCCUGGCUCCUCACUCGUUAGAUCCGUUUGCGCGUUUCUGCCAGGAAUGCGGUUCCUUGAUCCCACCAGUGCCUGGAUAUAGUCUCCCGUCUCCUAAGGAUGCUCAGAUGGGGCUGUGUGUUGAAUGCCAAACUAUGGUGCCACUGAACACACCAACUUGUAUUGUAUGUGAGGCACCAACAUCUCCACAAUCGCAGUCUCCAGCGAACAUCUGCUUAAAGGGCAGAGUGGUAUGUUCGGCAUGUGGAUCAGGAAAUCCAGUUCAUGUCACACAUUGUGUGAUAUGUGAGAACCAGCUUCCUGAAGCACAUACGCUUGUAUUUAGUACAGAGGUUCCCCCGCUGCUGCCCGGUCAUUUAAGAAAACCCACAUCCUGUUCAAAAUGUGGUCGGGUUAAUGACCACGAUGCGCAGUUCUGUGGCUGGUGUGGACUGAAGGUGAGCUCUCCUCCAUUCUAUCUCACUUGCUUCAAGUGUGGCGCAAGUAACCGUACAGGGGCACGAUUCUGUGGCACUUGCGGCGUUCAUCUUGAGCCUCUAUAUGGAACGAGCUGGAAAGACAACAUCUUGUUGAGUGCUGGAGACGGCUUUGUCGUUUCUGAGAAUAAUCACUUGGUGAAUUGGCAGCAACACACCUUUCCAUUCCCAACGUCAAAACCUGAUGCACUUGGGAGAAAAGAGCAAGGAACCCAAACAGUUGGCCUGUUCUUCCCAUCUGGGAAAUUCCUGGAGAAGCGAGAAUGCGAGCUGGUCUCGCAAAAGGAAAAGCAGCACAGGAUGAGCGACCGCAAACCUCUGCUCACGGCCGUCAGUCCCGGAAGAGGUUACUGGAGGAAGCAACUGGAUCACGUGUGUGAACACCUCAGAAGUUAUGCACAGAACAACAUAGAGUUCAGAACGUUGAUCGGAGAACCUCAGAUGGGAAAGCUUAUAUCCGCAACCGUCCAUGAGGAUGAACACCAAGUCAGUAUCCGGCUAAAUUAUGCGCUUGCUGUAAAUAAGGGUAUUCUGACCUAUAAAACAACAUCAUAUGAUUAUCACGGUCUGAGUUCCAGAAAGGGAAGUGCAAAUGGAUUCGAUGAAAGAAAAGCUACUUUGGCAAAUGAAGAGAGUCGGAGAAUCUUGAGUCCCAGAGAGAAAAGCCAAAGGAUGACCAGGAUAUGGAAAUAUCUAGACAAGGAAGGCAGACUUUCUAAUGAAUCCAGGCAGCUGCUGCAGGAGGUUGAUGCGAAAGGUGAAGGGCGACCUUCUUUGGUUGCGCAAUUAAUUGAUGAGGGAGCGGAUCCUAACUGCACCAAUGACCACGACCAAGUUGCUUUGACGUUGGCUGUCCUGAACAAGCACCACGAGGUCAUUCCUGUCCUUGUGCAGAAAGGCGCAGACAUUGAUCAUCGGUCAGGGCCGCUCAACAACACAGCUCUUCACGAAGCCGUCUUGCUGGGACUGGAAGGGCUGGAUUGCACCGAAGCCUUGCUAGGAUGUAACGCAAACAUUAAAAUGAAGAAUGCCAAAGGACUGUCUGCCUACGAUUUGGCUUUGAAGAGCAACAGUGACAAAAUAGUCUCCCUCUUUGCCAGUAAGCUCGGGCAAGGAAUACUGGACACUGUAACAUAGUUCAGCAGCGUCCCACUAACCGCUGAUAAUGAAAUCCCCAGGGCUAAUAGGUUUGGAAGAAAUUUUUGUGAGAUUGUGUGCCUUCUGAUUUCAAUGAAUUCUGUUAUUGAGUUAA